AUGGAACAGCAUCGGUGUAUUGGCUGGACCUGCAGCAGCAGCAGUUUCGUUCUGUCCUCGCCAACGUCCCCGUCGCCAUUCCCCCAAAGAAAGGGUGAAGGGGAUACUAACGGAGAUAAAGCCAAGGUGAAGGACGAGCCACAGAGAUCUGCAAUGUUGUCUGCUAAACCUGCUCCUCCAAAGCCAGAGCCCAAGCCUCAAGAGACAACCUGCAAAGAAGGGAGAGCCAAGGGGAAGAAGGGGAAAGCGGAUGCUGGCAAGGAUGCAAGUAACCCUGCAGAAAAUGGAGACGCCAAAACAAAACAGGCGCAAAAAGCUGAAGGUGCCAGAGAUGCCAAGUGA